UUGCACUUUGUAUGUUGGUUUGAUCAAUUUCCAUACCUUUAACGUAACAGUCGGCAACAACUGAAACUUAACUUGCAAUCUCUGCUUAUUCUUGAUGUUUCUCCUUCAUCUAAUCUACUGCUCCAUUUUCCCACCCAACUUCCAUUUUUUCCUCAUGAGCUAGUGGAACCAAGUUACACACACACACACACAAAGAAAAAAGGAAGAAAGAAAAUCAAAGCUACGAGGCAAGGUGCUUUGGUUUGUUCGUGAAUUCUAAGGUUGAUAAUAUGUCUAAAGAUUAGUUUAUUUAUUUGGGGCGGCGGUUACUAGGAAUUUUCUGUGCAAUGGUGGAAUAAGAAAGUUGUGAUCUUAGCUAGAAUUCUAAGAAGUUUUGAAGAGAUGGGAAAGCAAGGCCCUCGUCCCAAUUCUUUAAGCUUCGAUGCUUCAUCUGGAUUGAAGGAAUAUGAGUUGAGAUGGAGUGCGAUGCUGCUCAACGGCGACCCUUCUCGAGGUAGGGACAGAGCUGUGUUAGUUAAAGGAUUCAAGAAUGAGUAUGCCAAGUUCAGUGCUGGUAAAGGAGUUUACAGUGGCAAACGCCACACGUGGUGGCUUCGUAGGCACAUGAGAUCUGUUAUAUUCACCUUGGCGUUGCUCGGAUUCUUUCUCGUGUUAGAUUCGUUUAUGUUUUCCUACUUUGAUCCCACUUUUCUCAACAACUCCCCCACACCACCACAAGCUCAUGCACCAAAGGACAUAAAUGCUGCAGAUGAUGCAAAUGGAAAAGGGCCUGUCAUGUACUCUCGGCUGGUGCAGAUGGCGUCCGUUUCACUUGCAAAGAGAGAUUUAGAGCAAAAAGUUUCCAAGUUUUGGAAGGAAACACAUCAUGAGGCAUCCACUUGGAGACCCUGCGCGGAUAAGAACCAGAAAAGGGCAGGGACGGCAAAAAACACCACCGGCUUUGUGCUGGUCAGUGCAAACGGGGGCCUAAAUCAACAGAGAGUCGCUGUAUGUAAUGCUGUUGCUGUGGCAUCUCUACUAAAUGCAACAUUAGUAAUUCCCAAAUUUCUUUAUAGCAAUGUGUGGAAGGAUCCCAGCCAGUUCAGUGAUAUUUAUCAAGAGGAGACCUUUAUGAACAUGCUGAAGGAUGAUGUAGAUAUUGUAAAGGAGCUCCCUCCUCAUCUGAAAUCGACUGAUUUUGAGGCCGUUGGCAGUCUAGUAACAGAUGCAGACCUUUCAAAGGAGGCAUCACCUGAAGAAUAUAUACGAAACAUAUUUCCCAUAUUAUCGCGUAAUGGAGUUGUUCAUUUCCUCGGAUUUGGCAAUAGACUUGGCUUCGAAUCAUUGCCUUCUGAUCUACAGAAACUCAGAUGCAAAUGCAACUUCCACGCAUUAAAGUUCGCACCAAAAAUUCAGAAACUCGGAGCCUUAUUGGUGAAGAGGAUAACAAACUAUGGAGCUUCAAGAAGCUUGUUGGACAGACAGCUUCUUGGAAGAUUCAUUUCAACAGAGCGCAUCAAGGCAGCAAAUCCUUCCAAAUAUCUUGCAUUGCAUUUGAGGUUUGAAGUUGACAUGGUGGCCUAUUCCAUGUGUGAUUUUGGGGGUGGAGAGAGAGAGAGAAGACAGCUUCAAGCAUACAGAGAAGAGCAUUUCCCUCUGCUUCUCCAGCGCUUGAAGAGAGCAAAACCUCCUUCUCCCACAGAACUGAGGAAGAUAGGGAGAUGCCCUCUUACACCAGAAGAAGCUGCACUUGUUCUAGCUGCUCUUGGAUUCGACCGUGGAACUUACAUCUAUCUUGCUGGAUCCCAAAUCUACGGGGGCGAAUCGAGGAUGCUUCCCCUAGUCAGCCUCUACCCCAAUCUGGUAACAAAAGAGGAUCUCCUCUCACCCACUGAACUCCAGCCUUUCAGGAAUUUUUCAUCUCAGCUUGCAGCAUUAGACUUCAUUGCAUGCGGCGUUUCUGAUGUAUUUGCCAUAACGGACUCGGGGAGUCAGCUGUCGUCCCUUGUGUCUGGUUUCCGGACAUAUUAUGGUGGAGGAGAUGCCCCGAUGUUGAGGCCGAGCAAGAAGAGGCUGGCAGCCAUCUUGCAAGAGAACAGCACCAUCAGGUGGCAUAGUUUCGAGAAGAGAGUGAGGAAGAUGAUCGAGGAAGGCCAGAGAGUGACUCUCAGACGCCCCGGCAGAAGCAUUUAUCGACAGCCUAGAUGCAGAGACUGUAUGUGCAGUGAUGAUGAGGAUCAAUAGUAGUUCAUAUUCUGUCACAUUCAUGAUUAAUAAAUAAUCUUCCUGUGUAAUUUUGAGAGGAUAAUGAGAUUAAAUUUUGUGCUUGA